GAGUUGGGCCUCGGGGCGGCUCCGGGAGGCCAUGGCCUUUACGUUGUAUUCGCUACUGCAGGCGGCCCUGCUCUGCGUCAAUGCUAUCGCGGUGCUGCACGAGGAGCGCUUCCUUAAGAACAUUGGCUGGGGAGCAGACCAGGGAAUUGGUGGAUUCGGAGAAGAGCCAGGAAUUAAAUCUCAGCUAAUGAACCUUAUUCGAUCUGUAAGAACUGUGAUGAGAGUGCCAUUGAUAAUCAUAAAUUCAGUUGCCAUUGUAUUACUUUUAUUAUUUGGGUGAAGAACAGUGGGGGAAAUGGAGACUCAGAAGAAGAGAUGCCAGCAGAAGUUAUUACUUCGGUCAUUAUGGGAUAUACAUGUUAUAGCUGGUCAUCCUUGCACGUGACAAAAAUGUAAAUCUGACAAUAAAACCAGAGUCCCUAUUUAUCCGAUUUUUAAAAAAAUGUUGCACUUACAGUUUCAUUACAAAAAGAUUAGGUCAUCAGAGGCAGUAACUAUCCAGAACUGGAAAACAUUUGAUUGCUAAUUGGUAAUAAAAGUUCAUCUUAUGGUAAAGAUUGUUCAGAGGGUACAGGACUGUCACUUGUGUGUUUUUAGAGAUUUUUCUCUCUCACUUCUUUCUCAGGGAAAAAUUUUUUUUCAAAGUUUUGAAGUUCUUUGUGACUUAGCUAUGAUGUGAGAGUGAUUAUCUUCCUAGAUAAAUUUAAAGGAAUUUUUUAAAAGCAAUUAC